AUGGCUGACGAAGGGGCAGAGGACGCCAAGCCCGAGACGAACGGCGAAGGUGCAGCGACUGAAGCUCCUGCUGAGGAGGCUGCGGCUUCGGCUGCGGCUGUGGCUGAGGCUGAGGGUGGAGAAGGACAAGCAGAGGAGAAGCAGAAGGAGAAGCAGGAUCCAACUGCUGAAUCACCAGCACCAGCAUCAUCAUCAGGCUCGGACGAUGCAGCAAAGUCAGAAGCAAAGCCAGAUGCCAAGCCAGAUGCUGAGGCUGCGGCUGAGGCACCGGCAGCGGUUGAGGACGACAAGCCACAAGCAGCAGCAGCAGCAGCAGCAGCAGCAGUGGAUGAGGACACUGCCGCGACGCCCACAUCGCCAACAUCGCCAACAUCGCCGACUGCAUCAUCGUCAGACUCGACAGACGCGCCGUCCGAUGCAGCAGGCAGCAGCAGCAGCAGCAGCACCAAGGCCGACGGAGCGAGCAAGGCAGCGCCUGCGGUCGCCAAGAAGCCCGCCGCAGGACCGCCGCCAGUCGCCAAGAAGCCCCCAGCGGGCGCCGCCGAGGCAGCAUCAGCAUCAGCAUCAUCUUCAGCACCAGCACCCGCGGCACCGACGUCGACCGCAGCCCCAGGCAGCAAGAUUGCAGCACUCGCCGGCGGCAUCCAGUUGCCAAUGGGACCGCGACCCGUCGGCGUCCCUCGCACAUCCGCUCCUGCAAUGAUCCCAGUGCACGACGACAAGGCAGAGGCCAAGCCGGACAAGACAGACAGCAAGCCUGCAUUCGGUGGAUUCCCGAUGGGCGGCGGCGCCCCCAUGCCGGGCGUUGCGGCUCGGCCAAAGCGCACUGCGGCAUCCGCCCCCACCAUUCAGCCGCUCGCUACAGACCCCGAGAAGGGCUCGAGCUUUGACACUCCAGUCUCAACGGACGGCAAGCUCACAGUUGUGCGUCGCGCGGUCGCUCCUGCCAAUCGCCGUGCACCGUCCAAGGCCGCGCGCAUUUACCUUGAAGAUGAGAGCUGGAAGGCAUUGCAGCUCACGACCAACAUGCUUGCGUUCGACGUGAUGCGGAUGGUUGCCGAGAAGGUGUUUGUGGAUGAUUUCAACCUGAACGACUUUGUUCUGUGCGAGUGGCAGUCCGAAACCAAGAAACAACGCGACCUCGAAGAGGAUGAAGUGCCACUGGAACUGCUCGCCAAGUGGUCUGCUGAAAAGGGCGCAGCGCAAGAGAGCCACAAGCUCUACUUUGUCAAGCGCGGAACCAAGCUGUCGGCAGUCAAGAACGCAUCCGUCCAGCCGCCACUCGUCUCCAGCUCGCAAUCCGUCUCCAAACCCCUCGACAAACCCGACAAGGAGAAGGAGAAGGCGGACAAGGAGAAGGAGAAGGCGGAAAAGGAACGCGCCAAAGAAGCCGAAAAGCUCGAGAAAGAACGCCUCAAGGCCGAAAAGGAUGCCAAGGACAAGGCGGACAAGGAGGCUCGUGAAAAGGAAAAGGAGGCUGCUGCCAAAGCCAAGGCCGAGGCCGCCGCCGCUGCCGCUGCGGGUGCCUCCGCGGCUGCUGCCACUUCGUCUGCAGCUGUCGCGAACGGUGCCUCGGCCCCGUCCUCUCCUUCCCCGUCCGAUUCAUCGUCGUCGGCACCCAGCUCCCCACGUCCUUCGACCUCGUCUGCUUCGGACGUUGCUGCCUCUGGACCUGACUCGCCGCAGCCCAAGAAGAAGAAGGGCCUUCUCUCGAUGGUGAAGAGCAAGAUUUCCAAGGUUGCUGGCAAGGUCAAAGGAAAGGGCUCGCUUGCAGACGCUGCUUCUGAUGGCAUUUCCGCGUCCGUUGACGUGGAUGCCAAGGCAAAAGCCGAACAAGCUGCCAAGGACGCUCAAGAGAAGGCCGACCGCGCCGCCAAAGAAGCCAAGGAGAAGGCUGAGAAGGAAGCCCAGGCAGCCAAGGAGAAAGCGGAAAAAGAAGCCCAGGCAGUCAAGGAGAAGGCCGAUCUCGAUGCUGCACAACGCGCGGCGGAGGCCAAGGAGGAAGCCGAAAAGCAAGCUGCCGCAGCGAAGGAACAGGCCGAAAAGCAAGCUGCCGAAGCAAAGGAGCAAGCCGAGAAGCAAGCCGAGGCCGCCAAACAAGUUGCCCAAGAUCCAGCUGCCGCAGCCAAGGACCUCGCGACCGAGCAGGCCGAAACUGCCGCAGGCUCGCUCGUGCCAGAGUCCCUCGCCUCGGCUGGUAGCGAUGACAUGCUCGCUGCUGUCAUGGCUGUCGGUCGGUCCAGCAACGAUGACAAGGAGAAGGCUGCCAAGGAGCAAGCUGAGCGCGAGGCCAAGGAGAAGGCCGAAGCUGAAGCCAAGGAGAAGGCUGAGGCUGAAGCCAAGGCGAAAGCAGAGGCGGAGGCCAAGGAGAAGGCUGAGGCUGAGGCCAAAUCCAAGGCCGAGUCUGAGAAGGCCGAAGCCGAAGCAGCAGCUGCUCGAUUGAAGGCCGAGGCGGAUGCCAAGGCGAAAGCGGAUGCUGAAGCCAAUGAAAAGGUUGAAGCAGAAGCCCAAGCGAAGGCGGACGCCGCAGCCAAGGAGAAAGUCGAGCGCGAGGCCAAGGAGAAGGCAGAUGCCGAAGCUAAGGAAAAAGCUGAAACUGAAGCCAAGGAAAAGGCUGAAGCUGAAGCCAAGGAAAAGGCCGAGGCGGAAGCUAAGGAAAAGGCCGAGGCGGAAGCUAAAGCCAAGGCUGACGCUGAAGCAAAGGCCAAGGCUGACGCUAAGGCCAAGGCUGACGCUGAAGCAAAGGAGAAGGCCGAAGCCGAGGCAAAGGAAAAGGCUGAGGCAGAGGCGAAGGCGAAGGCUGAAGCUGAUGCAAAGGCGAAGGCUGAGGCGGAGGCAAAGGCCAAAGCCGAUGCCGAAGCCAAGGAGCAAGCGGACGCCGAAGCGAAGGAGAAGGCUGCCGCAGAAGCUAAGGCAAAAGCCGAUGCCGAGGCAAAGGCCAAAGCGGACGCGGAAGCAAAGGCAAAGGAGAAGGCUGAAGCCGAGGCAAAGGCGAAGGAGGAGCAAGAGGCCAAGGAGAAGGCAGCUGCUGAAGCCAAGGCCAAGGAAGAGCAAGAAGCCAAGGAGAAGGCAGCAAAGAACAGCUCUAGCGAAACACUCGCAUCUGGCAAGACUGCAGCUGCUCCGCCCACGCUUACCAAACCGAGCUGGAAAAAGUCGACGGACGCUCUCGAAACCAAGAAGACCGAGGAGCCCGCAGCCGCCGCAGCCGCAGCAGAGGCAAAGCCCACUCCUGCCUGGAAAAAGUCGACGGACGCUCUUGAUGCCAAGAAGGCGGAACCUGCCGCUGAGAGCAAGCCAACCCCUGCUUGGAAGAAGUCGACUGAUGCGCUCGAUUCCAAGAGCACCGCGAGCACUGCGAGCAAACCAGCCGAAUCCUCCAGCGAGGCCAAGCCCACUCCGGCGUGGAAGAAAUCGACCACCUCAGUGGACGCCAAGCCUGCUGCAGCUGCUGAAGCCAAAACCGAGCCCGCAGCGACGACGACGCCUGCCUGGAAAAAGUCGGCACCGACCGCUGCAGCCGCAGCGCCGGCUGCCAGUGCUGCUGGAGAAAAGAAGCCCGAUCCCGCACCGAAGGCAGAGCCCGCGUGGAAGAAGAGUUUGCGAGCUGCAGAGGAGGCAGAGGCAGCCAAGAGUGCCAAGGCGGCUGCUCCGGAAGCGGACGCCAAGGCUGCUGAUGCUAAAGUUGCCGAGAAAACCCCUCCGCCAGUUGCCAAGAAGUCCUUCUCGGCUCAGCCGCCGGCGGCUGCGGGCGAGUCGGAGCUGAACAAGGUUUUCAAGAACGUUCGCGGGUAA